AAAAAACAACAACAAAUUUGGUUGCACAAAGUGGAUGUCACUAACCUAGAUAAAUUGGACAUGUCAGGUGUCCAGAUGAAUUUAAGAAACAAAUAUUUCAACAGGCUUUCAAAGUGAGCGUCAGUAAUAUUUCUUACCGUGACUUUACAAGGUUGUCAGUUGACCUGCUGACCUGUGCCCUGUUGACCUGUGACAAUGUUGUCUCUUUAUUUCGUUUUGUCGUAUUUCUUGAUGGCGUCAGGGCAGACUCUCAAACCUUUGACCCCGCCUCCGCCUCCGCCAACUACGUCAUCCACAACUUCAACAUCUACUACACCAUUGACUACAACAUCCAGUACAACUACAUCCACUACUUCAACGGCAUCCACUACUUCAACGGCAUCGACUACAACAGCUACGUCUACUACUUCGGCGACAUCAACAACAUUAGCGACAUCCACUACAUCAGCGACAUCCACUACCUCAGCGACAUCAACUACAUCAGCGACAUUAACUACAUCAGCGACAUCCACUACAUCAGCGACAUCCACUUUAUUGGCGGCUUCAACUACAUCAGCAUCAACGAUCAGAACAGGGGUGAGCACAACCAUAUCCUCCACAUUCCUUUCGACAACAGCUCUCAGGGCGUUGCGCAACUUUAUGUUUCGUCUCCAGUUGAGAUCCAGGAUGUUCGUUGAAAGUGACGCCUUAACCACUGCGUAUCCAGUGCCCAGUCAGGAAAGAGAUGCCCCUUGGCAAUCAAUUAUGGUCAACUCGCUGCUUCUGUAUGACUCCGUAGACAUUGAUCUUGAUUAGUUGAGAUUCUGAGACUGAGGUCUUAUUGAAAGCUGUUUCAAAUACACGAAAAAUAAAUUCUUGUUUAAAGACAAUAAAGAUUAACCUCAUAUAAA